AUGGUCCAGAUGUGGGAGAUUGUGGGAGGAGCAGACAAAGGUGGCAUCAUUGUGAGGGAUGGAGAGAAUACCAAGUCCAAUCAGCUGGACGAUCGACUCUCGACGGGGGCAUUGGUGGAAGAGGUUGAAUUGAAGGGCGACCGCUUGAACUAUAAACUUGUCACCGGCACUGGGCCACAAACCGGCUGGGUCAGCAUCAAGCUCAAGGACAAGGACUUGGCUGUGAAGACAGACAAAGGUCCGAGCCCGCCACCCACGGCUGUGGGUCCCAAGAACGAGGCUCCCCUCCCGAUUGCACUGUUCUUCCCCGGUCAGGGGUCACAGUAUGUGAAGAUGCUUGAAAAGGCAAAGGAUCUUCCGGCUGUCAAAGACAUGCUGGAGAAGUCCAAGACAGUGUUGGGCUACGACAUCCUGGAUAUUUGCCUGAAUGGACCGGAAGACAAGCUUGAGGAGACGCGAUAUUGUCAGCCUGCAUUGUUUAUUGGUGGUUUGGCGGGCUUGGAAAAGCUUCGAGAAGAACGAGCAGAAGCCGUCGACAGGGCAUCUGUUAUGGCCGGCUUGUCAUUAGGCGAAUAUACCGCGCUUUGUGCGGCCGGGGUAAUGAGCUUCGAGGAUGGGCUCAAGUUGGUGAAGCUUCGAGGUGAAGCGAUGCAGGAAGCAGCCACGUCUGGGAGCAAGAAACAACUCAUGCUCUCUGUCGCGGGGCUGGAACGAGCAAAACUGGAACCUCUUUGCAAAGAAGCCGCAGCCAAGGAGGCGAUCAACACACUGAAAGAUUUGGCGGAGAAGAAUGGAGCUCUUCAGGCCAAGAUCCUGAAGACAGCUGGUGCCUUUCACACAUCUUUGAUGCAACCGGCACAGGACCGGCUCUCAGCGGCCUUGGAAGAAACCUUGCCCAACAUGAAGCCGCCACUGCACACGGUUUGGAUGAAUGCCUCGGCACAACCCAUUCGACCUGGCAGCGACCCGGCCGAGAUCGUUGCACUCUUGAAAAGGCAGUUGACUAACCCGGUCCUUUGGGAAGAUUCUAUGAAGGCAAUUAUCAGGGAAGGUGUCAAAGAGUUCUAUGAAUGUGGGCCCAUGAAGCAGAUCAAGGCAAUGAUGAAACGUAUUGAUGCAGCCGCAUGGAAGACAACCACAAACAUUGAGGUGUAG